AUAUAUUUCAAUGAUCUAUGGCGUAUCAUGAAAACAUUUCCCCACUCCUGCUUCAAAUGUUAGUAUACACCUGCCACUGCUUGACGUAUAUCCGAAUGCAGGACAAUAGGCAUGGUGUGGUAGCAUUGAACUUUGUGUAACUUUGUUUUCUGCAACACGAAAUUCGUAUCAAUUCGUUAAAUAAACACUGCCAAUCGUCGAUUGAUUUCAAUACGUCAUCCACGUUGCUUUCCAAGAUGGGAGUAAUAUUUUUGGAACACAUCGGUGGCAGUCGUCUCUUCUCCUGCGCUUCUUGUGACACCAACCUCACCAACAGGUCACAGCUCGUAAGCACACGCUUUACGGGUGCUACAGGACGUGCAUUCCUCUUCAACAAAGUCGUCAAUCUAAAUUAUAGCGAAGUGCAGGAUAGAGUGAUGCUGACAGGUCGCCACAUGGUUCGAGAUGUCAGCUGCAAAAACUGUGACGCUAAGCUCGGAUGGGUGUAUGAAUUUGCAACAGACGAGCAGCAACGAUAUAAAGAAGGUCGUGUUAUACUGGAACGAGCUCUUGUCACAGAGAGUGAUGGACUGAACGAGAAUGUUUAAUAUUUAACAUUGAGUAGGUUGUAUAUUAAAAAAUAACCAACAUAGUUCUUAUAUAAGUUAUCGCCAUUUUCAAAUUGUUUGGUUUUAAUUUUGUCAAUUAGAAGAGAGACUCUCGGUUAGUGUUCAACUUGUUCACGCGUAAGGAAAUACUGAUGACACUAUUAAUUGUGAUAAAACGUCACUCAACAUUUUCGUGUGUGAAUAUGGUUCCUAUUUUAUAAGAAAAUAUUUCAGAGUCUAUACUUAUUUACAUUAUUUUUCGAUUGAGUCUACAUCUUGUAUAUUUUAUUCAAAAUUGCUGAAUUUAUGUAAUAAGAAUAAACAUCAUUGAUGUUUUCUUAUACAGAUGCAACAUUAAUAAAUUAAUUUUAAUAACUCACACAAGUAUGUUUGUCAAGAAAAUGAAAGAAUGAAGAAAAAAUGUGAAUGUAUAUUAUGUAUGAGUAUAUUUAAUAAUUAUGUAUUGAUGAGUGCAAUAUAGAUAUAAAUGGAUCAGCAUAUAUUAUGUAACUUUAUUUAUAUUAUUUCAAUUAUAUAUAUAUAAUUUAAGAAGCAAUAAUGUACGAGAUGUUUGAAGCUGCGCGUUAAUCGUGACGUUAACUCAUAUAAUUAAUUAUACGCUGGUCGCUUUAAUGAAUUUUUUCUACUCAUAUUUAUAGCUGUAAAUAUGAAUAGUAUUUAAAGCUUUAAAUUAUUCAUAUUCACAAUUAGUUUUCCUUAUUGGUAAAUGACAAAAUAAAUUUUUACACAUUUUGAAUGUGUAAAUAUGAUACAAGUACAAAUUGAGAAAGCACACACAUAAAUCUUUCCAAGAUUCAUGAAAGUCACAUUUGUUGACAACUUUGAACACUUUCCAAAUAAAGAGAGGUCGCGUUCAAUAAAGAAGGCGAGAAUUGUUUAUAUUUGACGAUAAGUGUGAGAUACUGAUACAAACUGAUAGUAUAUAUAUGUAUUAUAGAAUUAUACUUUGUAUUGUAGAAAAAUGAAUAAUAUGCGUAGAAUAAAAAUAAAAAGAAUUAUGCCUUAA